AUGGUUGUCCGAAUUCGAUUGGCGCGCUUCGGCAACAAGCACGACCCUUUUUACAACAUCGUCGUGGCCCAGGCUCGCUCUGCGCGUGGCUCCAAGCCCCUCGAGGUUAUCGGCACCUACAACCCCAUCCCGAAGCGUGCGGCGACCUUUUCUAGCGAAAAUGCCAACCUACGCCCUUACAAAGAGAUUGCGCUGGACCGUUCGCGUGCGAAGUACUGGCUGGGUGUUGGUGCGCAGCCCAGUGACCCAGUUUGGAAGCUGAUGAGCAUGGCCGGCCUCGUUGAACCUAAGCCCACCACUUUCCACAAGGCAUAA